UUGUCACUUUCCCCAUUUCUCAGACCCAAACCACCCAGCAACAAAAAACCUUCUUCACUCAAAUCUCACGCAUUCUCUUGCUCUCGCUCUCUCUUCUCAGCUUCCUUGUCAUGACACUUCUUCAUUCCUUGCCCACCAUGACCAACUUUUCCUCCAACCAGAUUCGCUUUCUCCUCAGCUCCCUCAACGAAGUCAACUUUGACUCCGUUUUCCAUCAACUCUCUCAGUUCACGGAAUUUGGAACUACCGGAUGCAUUUUGCUGCUUCGAACUUGCUUGGAUCACUAUGGUUAUCUCAGAAGAGAUACGAAAGACAUGCAGUAUGAGCCAAUUCUUGGGGCAGUCAUUAAGUACCUGUUGGACAGACCAAACUUUAGUACGGUGUUUUCUGAGUCAAUGAAGAAUGUAGAAAUUAAUGAAAGCUUUUUAGAAAGUUUUUGUAAUGGAUUGCAGUUAUCUUUAUUGGAAAAAAUUGUCACCAGUCUUGCUUUAUCUGAUUCUGAGAAUACUGAUGUCAGGCUGUGUGGCAAAAAUUUUUGCAUGGCUCGGAUUGAGGAAUUGUGUGUCAACCCUGGUUCUUUGAGUUGCCAUGAUCAAAUUCACAAUAUUAUCAUCUUCCUUAAGCAGUCUGAGGGUCUUUCCAAGCAUGUGGAUUCCUUUAUGCAGAUAUUAUCACUUGUGCAGUUCAAAGACACGCCACCUUUUGUCUUGAAUCCAUUGCUUCCUGAUGAGAUGCAUGAGGCUGAUUUUUUAAGGAAUAUGGAGUUUUUCCACGAGUGUGGGGAAAAUGAUUUUGAUGCUAUUUUGGCAGACAUACAGAGGGAAAUGAGCAUGGGUGAUAUCGUGAAGGAACUAGGCUAUGGAUGUACGGUUGAUGUCUCGCAGUGCAAGGAAAUAUUUUCGCUCUUCUCACCUUUAACUGAAAAUACGCUCUCUAAAUUACUUGGUGCUAUUGCUUGUACCCAUACUGGGCUGGAGGACGACCAAAACACAUACUUAACUUUUCGUGCAGCCCAUGGAUACAAUGUGUCUGAGUUGCCGCCGCUGAACUCUUGGAAUAUUGAUGUCUUGAUUGAUACAGUCAAGCAUCUCGCACCUCAAACCAAUUGGGUACGUGUUAUUGAAAGUCUUGACCAUGAAGGGUUUUUCCUUCCUAGUGAAGAAGCGUUCUCUUUUCUCAUGUCUGUGUAUAAGCUUGCCUGUAAGCAGGAACCAUUUCCUCUCCAUGCCAUCUGUGGGUCUGUCUGGAAGAAUACUGAGGGUCAGUUGUCAUUCCUUAAAUAUGCUGUAUCAGCACCACCAGAAAUGUUUACCUUUGCACACUCGGGAAGAUUGCUGGCAUAUGUUGAUGCAAUUAAUGGUCACAAGCUUCAAAAUGGACAUGCAAAUCAUGCAUGGCUGUGUCUUGAUCUUUUAGAUGUCCUCUGCCAGCUAGCUGAGAAGGGUCACGCCAGUAUUGUUCGAUCAAUCCUUGAGUAUCCCCUUAAACACUGUCCGGAAGUCUUGCUUCUUGGGAUGGCACAUGUUAAUACUGCCUACAACCUCCUGCUGCGGGAAGUAUCUUUGAUUGUUUUUCCCAUGAUUGUCAAAAGUGCUGUAGGCAGUGGGAUGAUUCUACACCUUUGGCAUGUUAAUCCCAGUCUGGUCCUUAGAGGGUUUAUUGAUUCUCAAAACAAUGAUGCAGACAGCAUUAUAAGAAUUGUGGACAUCUGCCAGGAGCUUAAGAUUCUAUCAUCUGUGGUGGAAACUAUCCCCUCUUAUUAUAGUAUAAGGUUAGCAGCUGUUGCAUCAAGAAAAAAAUUCCUUGACCUUGAGAAGUGGUUGAGUAGCAACUUAACUACGUUCAAGGAAGUCUUUUUUGAGGAGUGCCUCAAGUUCUUAAAGGAUGCCCAUUUUGGUGGAUCACAGAACCUUUCUGGCAAAUCUUUUCAUCAGUCUGGUGCUGUUCUUAGUCUAUACAGCGAGACAACUGCUACCGUCUUGAAGGUUCUUAAAUCCCAUACUGACUCAGUUGCCUCUGGACAACUUUCUGAAGAGUUGGAAAGGCUGCAUAUAUCUAUUAUAGAUUCGAAUCCGAGGCUUCAAAAUGGUGGGACUGCUGAUUCAUCUACUUCUGAUGGAUAUUCAGAAGACGUUGAAGCAGAAGCAAACACCUUAUUCCAUCAAAUGUUUUCUGAUCAGUUAACCAUUAAUGCAAUGGUCCAAAUGCUUGCUCGAUUCAAGGAAUCAUCAUUGACCAGGGAGAAUUCAAUUUUUGAAUGCAUGAUUGCAAACUUGUAUGAGGAGUAUAGAUUUUUCCCAAAGUAUCCUGAAAGGCAACUUAAAAUUGCUGCUCUUCUCUUUGGUAAGUUUGCUUUUGGCAUUGCAGAUGAUUAAAUUUAACUUCUUUUU